AAGACACUUCACGCCAAUCACAGCAAGAGAGACGCAACACAGCCGGUUAUCGAUUCGCCGCGGACAAGCAAAGUGGCGGGUCUCCGAUGGCGCUUCUCACCAUGCAUACGGGGCGGGCAUCCGGUCUCCGGCUGCCGACAGUUUUUGUGUGGCGCAGUAUCACAGCUUUCCUGUCCCAGUUGUAACCGGACGAGCGGCGAGAGAGCACAGAGUUGGUCGAUUGGUGGUGGGUUCUCGGAGUUCUGACCAGACCCGAAAUGCAGUAUGUGUCUCGGUUGUCCACUUGGGGUCUAUACUAGUAUUAAGAGCCAACGGGGGCGCAUUGGGGAGACCGGAACCCCCGGGAAGUGGUCGUCUGAACCUUCUCUUUCCUGAUUCCAUCCCCAUCCCGGAAAGCACCCUCUCCCCACUUACAUCAUCAUCAUGGCGGACCCGACUCUACUCUGGGGCACCCGAACGAUCAGCGUCACUCAACCGUGGUAUACGCCAGACCUGAGCAGUCCGCCGUCCUUCCCGCCCUUCCGAGGCCCCGACAAUGACAAUGACAACGACGGUGAUCCCUUCCAGGACGACCCGGAUCGAGAUCGAGACCGGGACGACGACGACCACGCGCACCUCUCCCCUGGGGUCAUCGCAGCCAUAGUCGUGGGCUCCGUUGCCUUCUGCCUGCUCGUGGCGGGCUUGCUGGCUUACCUCAACUACCGCCGACGGCGAGCGAGGAAGAACGUCGAGAUCGCCAUGAAGGAAGAAGCUGCCAUGUCGGCCCGAGCCGUCGACUACGGCACCACGGCGGCCUCCUCCUCCUGCUGCUCCUCUGGGGCUGCGCUCGCCGAUCCGCCGCCGCCGUAUGACGGCUGCCACUUGGAGAGCCAGCAUCAUCAUUAUCAUCAUCAUCAUCACGACGCAGAACAGCACCAGGAGCGUCGGUGGGAUAGCGUGAGCAUUGCCACGGGCAGUGCGAUGGAUGAUGACCCGGAUGCGAUGGGGUCGCAUGCCACGAUUACGGAUGGGCUUGAGCCGGGGAGACAUAACGGUGGGGGAAGCUGAGGAGGUAGGCUGGUGGGAUAUCUCGGUCGGGGGCUGUCGGAUCAAUGAUGCUACGAGGGGGAGAAUUGAUGAAGUGGACAGACACUCAAGU